CCUGUCUAUACUGGCUUGCUCUCUACUGUCAGGUACAGCAUGUAGCCAUGCUGUACACCUGCAGUGGGAAGAUGUGGUUUUCACUGAUCUGGACCCAGGAUGGUUUCAAGGAAGCAGUCUGGGGGAUGAUGGUGGAGGCCCUGGUAAACCAGAGCCCAGCCUCUCCGGGAGCUCAGGUCCCUUGCAAUCAUGGUGAAGUCUAGAAGAGUGCAGGUGCUCCUGAUUCUGGUAGUUCUGUCCUUCCUUUUGAUCCACUUCAUACCCUGCAGCAACAAUGCCCACAUGAAAGAAAGACCUUCUCCUGUCCACAUCCUCAUUCUCUCCUCCUGGCGGUCAGGAUCUUCCUUCACUGGACAAAUCUUCAGCCAGCACCCCAGUGUCUUCUACCUGAUGGAACCUGCAUGGCACGUUUGGGUUAAGAUGUACCAGAACAAUGCCAAAGUUUUACACAUGGCAGUGCGGGACUUAGUCAGGUCGGUCUUUCUGUGUGACAUGUCCGUGUUUGAUGCUUACAUGUCUAGCCAGAAGAAAAAGUCUGAUUUAUUUCAGUGGGAGACAAGCCGAGCCUUGUGCUCCCCCCCUGCCUGUGACUCAUUCAGUCGCAGUGACAUUAUCACAGCAGGCAAUUGCAAAACAAUCUGUGGCAAGUACCCAUUCAGCAAGGUGGAGGAAGCUUGUAAAACCUACAGCCAUGUUGCCAUCAAGGAAGUUCGGUUCUUUGACCUGAAAGUUCUCUAUCCCCUUCUCACUGAUCCAUCCCUGAACCUCAAAAUCAUUCACUUGGUACGUGAUCCUCGGGCUGUGUUCAGGUCCCGAGAGAAUACAAUGGCAGACCUGAAACGUGACAGUAACAUUGUUGUGGGGUCUCAGAAGACAAAGGGAGAAAUGGGGCCCUACAACACAAUGCAAGUAAUCUGCAAAAGCCAUGUUGAGAUAUACAAGGCAGGAAGUCAGGCCGUUCCCACCUUCCUGAAAGACCGGUAUCUGCUGGUUCGCUAUGAAGACAUUGUCAGAGACCCACUAGCAAGGGCUGCCCAGAUGUACAGGUUUGCAGAACUCCAUUUCACACCAGAGCUUCGGAAGUGGGUCCACAACAUCACCCAUGGGAAGGGUCAUGGAGCACAGGCCUUUGAUAUUGGGUCAAGAGAUGCGCUGAGAGUAUCCCAGGCCUGGAGAAAGACACUUCCCUUCCAGAAAAUAGAAAAAGUGCAAAAUGUGUGCAAAGAUGCAAUGGAUUUGCUGGGCUACCGGCUUGUUCAGUCUGAAGAAGAACAGAAAAAUAUGUCUUUGGAUCUUUUGUUUGCCCAGAACUCCUCUGAGUAUCAAAUUUUGAAGGCAGAAAAGCUGGUCUCUACACCUACCCUCUGAAGGCUGCAGAGUGCAGAACUGUUCGCUAGAGCAGAAGAGGACAGAGGUGCAGGCAUAGAAGUGUAAGAGUGUGUGCAUUGAUGUGCAUGGAUGCAAGGACAAGUAGUACAAGAACCCUGACGACAUUCAGGAGAGCUCUCAGCAGCACAGGGUCACUCUCCAAGACCCCUGGAGAUUCAGCCACAAUGGAGGCUAAAGUAAUGCAAGUUUGUUUUCCAAAUUAAUUAUGUUUAGGUUGGAGCAUACAGAAUGCCAAAGGAGUAGGACCAGACAGCAGAAGCUCAAACCCCUCACAGACCACAGCUGAAGACUAGGAAAACCACAUGGAGCAGUUGCACUGCAAAGGAAGAGGAAACAUAAAAAGAAGCUGAAUAAAUAGAACACUAUUUGUCAUGCUGCCAUGAAGGAUACGUAGUGCCAGAAAAGACGCGAGGAUGACCAGACUUUUGGUUUCUGGAAAGAUGUUGGGUUUGGGGUUUUUUGGGGUUUUUUUUGAAUGGUUGAGUUCUCAAGUCCAGUUUUCCUUUUGCACCAUUCAUGUGCCUCAGUAUACAGCCUUGGUGGCAAAGCUAGGGAAAUGUUUGUGUUCACUUAUUGUAUAAUGGGAAAAUGGAAUAAACCCGCUAUUGUUGAAAAGAAAAACUCCUGGGUUUUCAUGUGGGAAACCAUUUCUGGGAUUAUGUGAAUCCAUUUAUUGUUUAGCUGAAAUAAUUCUGUCUUCUAGCUUUCAAACCCAAGAACAGCUGUUUCCCUGGGAAUUCCCAAAGUCCACAGGCGUGACAGAAGAAUUCAUGCUAAGAUUAAGAUCUUAAAGACAAGGUAAGGACACAGAUUCCAUUGGCAUAAAUACCGAAACUGGGAAGAUAGGUUUAUGGGAGUGGAUUGAAGAAGCCAAGAGAAGAUCAGGAAGAUAUCCUAUUGAAAUAUUUGGUGAGAGUAUUUCUUGUCUUAGAGCACCAAAAAAUAUGUUUAAUGGACUGUGCCAUUCUCCACUGUCUCCAUUGGAGAUACCAUCCCAUCUCCAAUGAGAAUAUAUAGUUCAAAGCUGAACAACAGACUUGUUUUCACCUGUUUUUGACAGUGUUCCAGAAGACAAGGAGAAAAACUUGCUACCAGAUUUGGGGAGGAAUGGAAUGCCUACAUAUACCUCUUUCUGAAUAUCCUCUUUCAUGUGUAAACUGCAGUCCCUUUAACACACAUCUACAGAACACUCGCUACCUUAGCAAUAUGGAUAUCUGUAUUCCUAGAGCUAAACCCCUAAUCCCUGAA